AUGGGCAAUGAGGUGAAGUGGCCGCCCAAGAAAGAAACUGAAGGGUGGAAGGACCCUAGAAAGUGGUGCGAUUUUCACCAAGAUAUUGGGCAUACUACUCCUGAUUGUAGAGGCCUCAGGUAUGAGGUGGAUUACCUGCUGAAAAAAGGCCAUCUGAGAGAUUUGCUAUCUGAACGAGGUAGAGCAAUUUGGGAGAAGAGGAAAGUCGAUGACCCAAAGGCAUUACCACCGCCACCACCAGUUACUCAAACUUAUUGUGUAAUCUCUGGAGGAUCAGAAAUUAGUGGACUGUCUCAUACCUCUGCUAAGAAGCAUGAGAAAGGAUCAGCGAACUCAGCUGCUAAAAUGGCACAGUUUGUAGGGAAUUUCACUAACCAAGUGAUGGUGUUUGUUGAUGAUGAAGCUACCCAACUUCUACACCCGCACCAUGAUGCUUUGGUGCUUACGCUUCAUGUUGUAAACAUUAAUCUGAAGCGAAUUUUGAUUGACAAUGGAAGUUCAGCUAACACUUUGAUAUUGCGGAAGUCGACAACACUCAUUGGGUUCAAUGGCGAGGUGAGCCAUUCAUCGGGUGAAGUUGUGUUGCCCAUUUAUGCCCCAGGAUUGAACAAGCAGACCAGGUUUUCCAUUGUGGAUUCACCUUCUGCUUAUAACGCCAUUCUAGGACGCCCUCGGUUGCAUGCUAUAAGAGCCGUACCCUCUACUUAUCACCAAGUCCUACGCUACCCCACUAACGGUGGCGUUAGGGAAAUCUUGGGAGAUCAGCACUCUUCUAGGAGUUGCUACAAAACCACCAUGAGGAGUAAGAAUGAGUCCUUAUAG